CGCGCCUGUCAACUUCCUCGAUCUGGCAGUUUGUGCGAACCCAGUCCAUUCUCGAUCUUUUUUAUCUUGAUCGUCUUCCGUGACGAUUGUUGUAUUUGUUCUUUCUUCUCUACGCAGUCGCGAAUUAGUUUCCUACACACACCGCAAUGGGUAAACUCACCAGCACGAUCGGUAUCCCGAUCAAGCUUCUUAAUGAAGCGCAGGGCCACGUCGUCACCCUCGAAAUCACCUCUGGCGUCGUCUACCGCGGAAAACUCCUCGAGGCUGAGGAUAACAUGAACGUCCAACUGAAGGAUAUUACGGUCACCGCGCGCGACGGUCGCGUGUCACAUCUCGAUCAGGUGUACAUUCGGGGAAGCCAUGUGAAGUUUUUCAUUGUGCCGGAUAUGCUUAGAAACGCUCCUAUGUUCCGCUCACGGGGUCAGCGCGGUCGCGGUGUUGGUCUUGCUCGUGGUAAGGCUACGGUGCAGAGGGCGAGGGGACAGAGACGGGGUUAGUGGGAUCCAUGAAUGGAUGGAUGGAUGAUGUGCUUGGACGGCGUUUUGCUUUCGUUUCCUUUAUACUUUCGAUCUUAUCCGUGUCUAUGGGUUGUCGGUAUGAAAUCAGAAUCAAUCAGAUGGUUUGAAUGGAUGUAAUUGUAGGUGUUGAGGUGAUGGUGCUCGUAUUUGUUCCAUAUAUUGCGGUGGCGGAUGUGCUUGAUAGCAG